AUGACAUGGUCAGCAGGUAAGCUGCUUCAAAGUCUCAAGUUCUAUGCACGCUCGCAUCGACCGUCACGUUCGUGGGUAUCAUGGGGCGUCGCACGACUUUCAAUGGGUGCACCUUUCAAUGGCUUUCCUGCCGAUCUGAAGCGAUCCGAGCCUUGGCAAUGGUCUCGUCCACACAUCUCGCUCGAUCGAGUUGACGACGGGAGACAUGACAUGCCCAUUUGGACUACUGGAGGUGGUCGUCCACCUCCCUCAAUCUCGCAGGAACGACCGGGAGUUCCAAGUGUUCAAGGAUCCGUCCUGAAGAAUGUGACGACGAUUACUCUCGCCAGCGCCACGAGCUGCAGUUGUGCUACGUCGGGCAAGCAGGUCCACUGUGUGUAG